CAAAGUCUCCUAAAGUUAAAUUUGUUUAUAAUGGAUUACGCAAAAAUGAAGGUUUAUCUUCAAUAAAAGAACUUGAAUGGAUUUUAAGAAUAAAUAUGACUGUUAAUAUUGGACAUGGAUUAUUAGAAUGA